UAUCGAGUCAAUUACGAUAUCGAAAACUGGAGAAGAAUUAUAAGUUAUCUAAAUUCUGAAAAUUAUAUGAAUAUAUAUGUUCUGAAUCGUGCCCAAAUUAUCGACGACGCUUUCCACUUAAUGAUAACAAAUCAACUUAAUUCCAUUGUAUUCUGGAAUAUCACGAAAUAUCUGUCACGAGAAACAGACUACGUGGCAUGGUAUCCUAUGUUCAAAGCUUUAGAAUAUCUGUCCAAUAUCUUUCUAUUUCAGGAAAACAUAUAUGUUAAUAUCAAGGAUAACAUGCUAUACUUAUUAAACAACUUGCUUAAUAAACUUAAAUACGAUGAAGUUUCUAGUGAAUACGAUCUUACAAAGUCUUUAAGAAUGGAGGCUGCGAGAUGGGCAUGUAAUCUUGAUAGUGAAACAUGCAUAAAAAAUGCCCAACUUAAUUUAAAUCGACAUCUCAAAGAUCCCGGAAAUAACACGCUUUUGCUAUGGUGGAAAGAAUGGACAUAUUGUCAAGGUUUAAAAAUAUUACAAGUCAGCGCGCAUGCAACAUUUAUUGUUAUUAUUAAUCAUGUGUAUUCUAUAAAUCAAUUAAAAAAGAUAAACAAAUUAGCAGAAAGCUACAAACGUAUGGUAAUGUAUUUACCAAUGUGUAGCAAUAUAUACCAAUAUGUUUUAAAUAUUCAAAGCAAGAUACGAAGGCGCAAUUUCGAAAUCAAAUGUCAAAAGGAUUACUUUCAGAAUUUUAUGAAAUAUCAAUAAUAUCCAUUUAAAAGUAACGAUUAUGACGCAAACAUAUCUAUAUAUCUUUCUUACAAAUAGCAUUUUAUAAUGUUUAUAGUUAUCGAUUUAUUAUUUAUGCUUAUGUGUGUUAAUAAUAUAUAAUUAAAUACACAUGCAUUUACAACGAUACUUUGUGGCCUGCA